CACAAUUGUAAAAUACACUUCACACACAGUAUGUUUAUGCAACAGUAUACGAGGUCGUUUCUGCCUUGUUUCCAUCGAGUACAGCGCGGUUUGUGUGUUUGCUCGUUUAAAUAACGAGCAAGAGAGGAGACCCUGAGCGAUGUUGUGUUUUUGUAUGUUCGUGUGAAUGAUUGUUUGAUAAUGUUUCUGAUACUGGAUGUUUUCUGUGAGGGGAAUUAAUGCCAACUGAUAAUAUUGUUGCAGCCGCCGCGAUGUCGUGGAGACGCUGUGUGUUUCGAUGCGAAAGAAAAAAUACUCUGUUUGGCCUCCCAAAAGAGGACACAAGAAGAAAUCUGUGGCUGAGUUUUAUUUACAACACUGUUCCAGAGCAGUACAACGCAAAUAUUCGUGUUUGUGCUGCGCACUUUACGGAGGAUAGCUUUCUGAACCUGGGAGAGUACAAGGCCGGCUGUACACAAAGGCUUUUACUCAAAAGUGGGGCAAUUCCAACUUUACAAGGACAGUCUGGCGCUUCUGACUCACAGCCUAGUAAAUCUCAGCAGGCCCAAGGUUCAGAACAAUUAUCCACUUCAUCCCGAAGUCAUGACGUUGAAUGUCAAACAGACUUUAUAGAAACACCUCCUGCGGCAUCUCCGAAAACGCGAUCUGUUGGCACACAAGUGUCUUUGGGUACACUAAAGGACACGCAUGCACGGAGAAAAGGCACCCAGGCUACAGCACCAUUGUCUCCCAUCAAAGCCCCUCCAUUCACACCACACAAAAGGCCUCGUCUUGAGUUGGAUGAAGAGGAGGAAGACACAGACAUUUCUGAAAGCAUAGCUGAACCACAUGAUUCCACGUAUAACCCAGACAACUCUGCUGUUACGCAGGAGUACGGAUUAUGGGAACAGACCACAUACAAUGUAUCAAAAUACAUUGUUUUUGAAAGCUGCCUCCGAGAGCUAUUUGAAACAUGUCCGCUUUGCAAAACAAAGUGUGAUGUUCAAUGUAGACGAAUGGGCAGCUAUGUGUCAUUCACCCAGCAUUGUCCAAAGUGCAGCUAUCACAGAAAGUGGGAGAGUCAGCCAGUCGUUGGAAGUACACCUGUUGGAAACCUACUGGUGUCUGCAGCGACAUACUUCUGUGGAGCAUCCUUCAUUCAAUUUGAAAAGAUUUGCAAGGCCAUGCAGCUUCAGAUCAUCCAGUAUGAUGCAUUUAGGAGGCAUGCUAGGAACUAUCUAGAGCCUGCUGUAAUACACAAGUGGAACUUGGAUCAGAAAAAUCUGUUCAGGAAGCUGCAAGAAGGGGGAAAGGUUGCAGUUGCUGGAGAUAUGAGGGCUGAUACACGGGGACACUCCGCAAAAUUUGGCUGCUACACCUUGAUGCACCUGGACAGCAACACCAUUCUUGACAUGCAGCUUAUUCAGAGCAACGAGGUAGGUGAUAGCUGCCACAUGGAGAAGGAGGGCUUGAAGCGUUGUCUAGAUCAUCUGGAGGCUAACAGUUUGGCAGUGGAAUACAUCACAACGAAUCGUCAUCCACAGAUCCAGAAGUUUCUUAGAGAGCGCAAGAUUGUACAGUUCUACGAUGUCUGGCAUUUCGAAAAAGGUUUGUAUAAAAAGUUGGACAAACUUUCACAAAAAAAGGGGUGUGAGAUAUUGAAGAAGUGGUUGCGCAGCAUCAAGAAUCAUGUAUAUUGGAGUGCUACGUCGUCUACUUCUGGUCCAGAGAAGGUGGCCAAAUGGACUUCCCUGCUCAACCACAUCCAAAAUAUACACAUCCAUGAGAACCCUGAAUUCCCGAAGUGUGCACAUCCAGACCAAGCGUCCAGAGAUCCCAAAAAAUGGUUCCAAACAGGGUCAAUGCCUCUUCACAAAGUGGAAAAGAUCCUGAACAAUAAGCGAGUCCUAAAGGACGUGGAAAAGCUCUGUCACCAUUACCAGACAUCUUCCCUAAAGGCCUUUCACAGUGUCAUCCUGCGUUUUGCCCCCAAGAAUGUCGUUUUUCCUUUCAUUGGAAUGUUGUGCAGGUUGUACCUUGCAGCAAUGCACUACAAUGAAAAUGGAGACCGUGAGCAGACAACAACUUCAGGACAACCUAUGUACAAGGUUGUUUUUCCAAAGUCAAAGAAGGGUGAAUGCACUGCAAAGCCACUUAAAACAGCCCCUUCAUAUGACUAUGUAGCUGACUUAAUGAAGCUGGUCAUCGAAGAGGUGUUUGUAGACCCCGCACCAUUUGUAAAGGAGCUAAAACAAAUCCCCAUUCCUACAUUCCUGCCCUCUCAGUUUGAAAGACCUUUAAAGGAGGAAGUUGUUGGCCGCCACGUUUCACGCUUCAGUCAAGGGGUGGUCGAAAGCCUACAAACUGUCCAUCCGGAUCAGGGAACUCCUGCCAAAUCCGAAGCACAACACAGGACGGGAGAACAACUCUGACGUUCUGUCCUAAAUAGCCCCAGCACCAGCUUACAAAGCUUCGAUAGGCGAGAUAUCGGUACUGCCUGUAAAGACAGAUAUUAACACUGAUAUAUUUUUGAUUUCACUUGAGAAAGUGUACAUACUUAUUAUAUGCCUUUAUUUUUUUACAACAAAUAAAUAUUUUGAAGAAAAACUUUCAAGGGUUAAAUUUUGUUGCUUUUGUGUCUUGAAAACAAUAUUUUAUUUGUUUUGAUUUACAAAUGAAAGAAAUAACAUUACAUAAAAAAAAAUUACUCCUCUUCUGUUGGGUGUAAGGAUUUAAACAGUUAGGUUCAAAGCCUGGGUGGUGUGUCAUGCAUUGUAGAGGGCCUGAAACCUGGUUCAUACGCCUCACAACCUGUGGAAGACAAGACACUAUUUAUAAUGCAGUCAAAAGAGUUAAAGCAAGUGUGUGUGUGUGUGUGUGUGUGUGUGUGUGUGUGUGUGUAUAUAUAUAUACAGGUGCGUCUCAAUAAAUUAGAAUGUCGUGGAAAAGUUCAUUUAUUUCAGUAAUUCAACUCAAAUUGUGAAACUCGUGUAUUAAAUAAAUUCAGUGCACACAGA